AUGUAUAGAAUCAAAUCUGCCCAUGAUUUCGACUCUUUAGAGCCAAUUCUCUUGCCAAAAAUUACCGACCCAGAAAUCUCAACCAGCGAUCAAACCGUUUUUCAAUGGGAAAUAGACAACUGGAACCAGCUUUCGGAAAAACAACAUAGCCCUACCUUCUACUUAGAUGGUUAUGCCUGGAAGAUCCAGCUCUAUCCAAAAGGAAUCUACAAUGAUAAUAACGUUUCUAUCUAUGUCGAAGCCGACUUCAAAUCGGACUCGCGCGAAGAAGAGUCUUAUGAUGACGAUGCAAUCCCCCCAUAUUAUCGCGAACGCGAUCUCCAACUUCACAGAACAAUCUCAACUGCAUCCUCAUCUUCUAAAUCUCUCCUCUACCCAAAUGACUCUGACGAUGAUUCGGCAAUCUGUAUCCAGUUCGGCUUCGUUAUGUGGAACCCAGACGAACCCUCAUCUUGCAUCUACAAAGCCUCUCGUCGCAGACUUACCCGCCGCUCACCCAACUGGGGGUUCUCAAACUUUGUCACCUCUGAUCGCCUCUUAGGCCGCAACGCGCGCUGGCGCCCGCUGCUUGGUGCCCGCUCCCGUAUAAACAUUUCUCUUUUCCUCCGCACUGUUGACGAUCCCACUGGAAUUCUUUGGAACAACCUCUCCAACUACAACUCUCGCAGGGAAACCGGUUACAUUGGUGUCAUCUUCCCAGGAUCAACAAACACUAAAAUACCAACUCUUUUGCAAACCCUCUAUGCAAUACCUGUCUUUCGCUCUCACAUUAUCGAUAUCGUUCCCGCUAAAACCCUGCCGGGCGUCUUCCGACCCCUACACACCCUACUUAGAUCAUUUUUUUCCAACCUCGAAACUUUCCAUACACAAGUAAUAUGCACUGAAAUUGCAGUCGCUAUGGGCUGGACCCCUCAAAAGGCUCAAAUGCUAACAUUUGAAGAGCUUCAGUUUGAGCUCAUUGAAAGCCUUGAGGCGGAACUUAAAAACUCCGAUUUAGAGGCUUCCUACCGCCGGAUCUUCACCGGACAGACAAAAACCCUCAUCCGUAGCCCCCACUACGAAAACUACAAAGUCGACGACUACUGGGAACUAAGCUUCAACGUCAUGGGCUUCUCGUCUCUUGCAGAAUCGUUUAAAAACUUUCUUCAAGAAGAAGCCCUCACUGGUGACAACCAAUACUUGGUCCCAGGCCUAGGCCGCCAAGACGCUGUUCGCGCAGUAAAGUUUCAGUCAUUACCUUUAGUUCUAAAUAUCCGCCUCAACCGUUUAUUCUAUGACCGUGUUUUACAGCGCGUUUUGGUUUCACGCGCCCGCUAUGACUACCCAGAGGAAAUGGACCUCACUCCAUACCUACUUCACAACCCUUUCCACACUUCUGAAUCUUUCAAAUACACUUUAUAUGGGGUAGUGGUCACCAGAAAUGGCGAAGAUGAAACCGGAGAUGGUGAUUUUUUUUCCGUUCUUAAAACUGGAAGAGAUGGGCCAUGGCUCAAGUUUGAUGGCCGUUACGUCUCCCGCACUACCAGAAUGGAAGUUUUCGACCGGAAUUUUGGUCCAGGAACCGGCCCCCACGUUUCCGACGGUACCACCCUAGACGUUUCCCUAGAUGGCGCUGUCACUGGAACGUUAGGUGGAGGUGGAGGUGUUACCGGUACUGGCUCAGGCGUCUCUAACCUUGGUACCACCGAAAAACCCCCACUGCGCUAUGCAGCUACUUUGGUUUAUUACCGCACUUCCAUGCUCAAUUACAUUGUCGGCGCUGAAAAUAGCUCCCCUAUGACUCCAGAUAACCCUCAUUAUGUUGACCCUUCGCGCGAAAUUGCUCGAGAACGUCGCCGCAUUCAAAGACACUUACGCCAGCUGCGGCGCGGCCGGCGCGAUAGUACUGCAACUGCAACCAAUAUGGGCGUUGUUAUUCGGUUAGCCACACUUGAGCAAUUUUGCAGCAACUCAGCCAUGGGCAUAGCUGUAUUCCCUUCCAAGGGUCUGGCUCUCGAGUGUGGCCAAGAAGAACAGAAGCAAGAGGCAUACGCAGAGCGUCUUGUCGUCAGCAAGCAAAGUACUCCAGGAGAUCUGCUUGACCUUCUUAUGUCUAUCUACCCCGGGAUGAAACGUGCCUUCGUGCGGCUGUGGUCUGUGACUCGCCACAGACGGCAAGGCCAAACAUUACUCCCCCCUAAUAGUAGCAAUAACAGUACAAAUGGCACCAACAACGACCCAGAGUCCCGUGUUUAUUAUACAUUGGGUCGCCCCAUUCGCGAUCGUUAUGAUGUUACAAUGGAAGACUUGGUUCCAAGUCAUCCCAACUAUCUCGACUCACGGGAGCUCGACAUUUUCCUUGAGUACGUUUCAGAAGCAACCAUUUCCGAAAGCCACUUUGAUGCGGAAAACGUUUUUAAGGAGCAGGACUCGCGGCGCGGAACUCGCAUUUUGCUUUUCUUAAAGUAUUUCAACCCAUUGACGCAGCGCCUCAAGGGUAUCUCCACUUAUGUCGUUUACUCUAAGGAUCGGUUGGCAGUGCUAUUCCCUGUAAUUUGUAAAGCCAUGGAUUGGCCAGCAAAUACACCUAUACGUCUUGGGGUUGAGGUAGGCAAUAACACUACUGGAUGGAAAGCUCUGGGGCUUUCCGAACUUUCUUUUGCUUCCCAAUCAAUCACUAAUGGUGUUGUCAUUACUUUUGAGCGUGAGUAUUCCGCUGCAGAACGUGCUGAAAUAGUUGAGCAGAUUCCAUCUGGGGGGUACCUUUUGGCCAAAGAGUACUACGACUUUUUGAAUUACCGUGUAUUGGUAAUUUUCCGACAAAAGAGACGACCUAGACCCCGAUCCUUGUCAACUUCCACCACUUCUACUUCUUCCACAUCUUCCACGUCGUCGGCUACAAUUUCUUUGGAACAAAAUCACAGAAAUGCCGCAGCCGGUCCUGUGGGGCCUAUAACACCCAUGCACUCAGAGUCUUCUAUCCCUGUGCUAACAACCAUGGCUCCUAUCACACCAGUUACCCCAACUUCUACAGGAAUUAUUCUUGUUAAGGAUGAUAUGAGCGACCAAGAGGAUCAGCUAAAUACUUUUAAGUCUUCUGUUGAAGAAGAUAUUGGCGAUUUAGUUCCACCCGACGUAUCACACCCGGAUUUGCCGAUAUGGUUGCAUUCUCAGACAACCUAUGAAUCAAUGUGCCAGCGGGUUUCUAAACUUUUGGAUCUUUCUCCUAAAACUGAACAAGUUGAAUUUUUCAAGAGGUCCCCCUUCCUUGCACCCAUUGCAAUUUCUACUGACUUACAAAAGACACCAUUAAAUGACCACGAUGAUUGCGAGUAUGAUGAAGAAGAUUUUGAAGAUGAUGUGGUUCCUGUAAAUACUUUUGAUGACUUUAAAGAUUUGAAAGUUGAAGACUUUAUUGUACGGGGUCGCAAGAUUAACGUGAUGUAUUAUGAAGUUUUGCGCAAGUUUUAA